AUGACCUUCCACACGAGAGCAGCGACAGACGAAAUAUAUGAUAUUUUCAAUCAACCUUUGCAGUUAUCCGCCGGGCAAGAUGAUGAGGAUAGUGAAAACGAUAGUGACGAAUUCGAUGGAGAAGAUUAUACCAUGGCCACCAAUAUUGGCGAGCAAACCGAGCAGUUUGACCCCGACGCUGAGGGCGAAGAUGACGAUGGAAAAAGUGUGAAAAGUGAUUGGUCUGAUUUUACUCUCAGGCGAAAUUUGCUGGCCGAGAAUGAGACGGAAGGAGAAGAAGAACUGGUAAGCGAAGAGGAACUUGUACAAGCCAAGGGAAAGAUAGAAAAGCUCGCGAUUCACAAGGAUGAAGGGUUUGAUGUCUUUGGAGAAAACAAGCUCAAUAUUCUAAGGGAUGAACCCAAGCAAGUGGCGACAUCAUCCCGUCUUCCUCUCCAGAAAAUGAAGAUCCCCUCGCCUCCCGAAGAUUUUGAUCCACCUCGAAAUCCAUAUUAUGCCGGUAAUCAAGCGCAUGCUCAGAACAGGCUUCCAUACAUGACGCCCAUUGUUGAAAAAACCGAGUCCUUACCACCAACAACAAUUGCGAGAAGAAAAGCAGAACAUCACAAAACCCCAAGUAAGAGCCGGAUGCCGGACAUCAUGGAUAAUAGUUUCUCAAGUCCGUUCGGCGAGAUACUUAACGAUUCUGGCUUUGGAGUGAGCAACCUGUCACUAAUCGAUCCUCCGCUUGUGCCUAAAGAAAGGGAAAGGAAGCCUUUUGGUGCUAAACCCGUCACGGCACUAAAACCUGUAGCACCAAAAGAAGUACCAAUAAUUCAGGACCUGCAGUGUAAUCCAAUGGAUGAAGCGCUACGAGCCCAAAUAUACGAAAAAUUACAGCCCCCUUUGAAGACACAUGAAGGGUUUUAUCAUCAUCCUAAGUCCACAUUUGGAAAGGCAGCUGAAAUUAGGAAGUUCUCAAAGUCUAUGGGCAGGAAGGAUAGUGAUAGAAACAACUCUAACUCUGGACAAGGCCCAAGUAUCGACUUCUUUACAGGAGAUGGUGUUAGGUCUUAUGCCAUAAAACGAGAGCUCGGCAAAGGAGCAUUUGCACCGGUUUAUCUCGCCGAGAAUAUGAUGGUGGCAGAUGCAGAAGAUGAGGCUGAGGACCUGGAUGAGGAUGAUAUCGAAGGCCGUCUCGAACUUACUAAAAGAACAGCCGGUCGGAAACGGUUUGAGGCAGUAAAAAUGGAACAUCCCCCAUCUCCAUGGGAGUUCUAUAUAAUGCGCCAAGCCAAGCGUCGUCUUGGUGUGGUCCGCGCAUCCGAAUCGAUUCUUAAUGCCUAUGAGAUGCACCUCUUCUCUGAUGAAGGGUACCUAAUCCUUGAAUACCGCGACCAAGGCACAAUUCUCGAUCUUAUAAAUAUUGCUAAAGCCGACUCGGCCGCAGGUGCGGGAGUCAUGGAUGAAACACUUGUCAUGUUUCUAGCCGUUGAGCUCCUGCGGACCGUCGAGGCCCUCCAUACGCGUGGCAUUCUCCAUGGUGAUCUGAAGGCUGAUAACUGUCUCAUCCGCUUCGAUCCCAUUCCUGAUGCUUCUUGGUCUGCACGCUAUCGUCGCGAUGGUGCGGAUGGCUGGGACAAGAAGGGCGUGUCGUUGAUUGACUUUGGCCGUGGAAUCGACAUGAAAUUGUUCUCGCCGAACGUCCAGUUCAUUGCUGAUUGGAAGACGGAUCAACAGGAUUGUGCUGAAAUGAGAGAGAUGCGGCCGUGGACUUACCAGGUUGAUUACUAUGGUCUCGCCGCAAUCAUACAUACCAUGUUAUUUGGGAAGUACAUCGAGUCCACAGCCGAGAAGGGAGGCCUAGGGGCGAAGAAAUACAGGAUCACGAGUACCAUGAAGCGAUAUUGGCAGCAGAAUAUCUGGAAUGAACUCUUUGAUGUUUUGUUGAAUCCCUUGCUCCACACUGGUGGGGAAAAUCGGGGCGUGAUGCCCGUGACUAAAGCUAUUAGAAAGUGCAGGGAUGGUAUGGAGUCAUGGCUAGAGAACAAUUGUGAGAAGGGAGCUGGGUUGAGGAAUAUAAUCAAAAGAAUGGAGGCGACGCUGAGUAGAAGGAGAUAG